AUGUCACAAGACGGCUUGCUCCAAUGGGCAAAUUCGAUCCGCUUCAACAUGGCCAGUGACUCGGGUCGACAGAUAUUCCAGCAGCAAGUUCAAACCCAUGGAUUUCUCUUCUUGGACGACUACCUCGACAACAUACUUUCAGGCGCAAAACAAGAUCCACUCAUUGAACUGGUCAAGACGCCCGGACGGCGGAAAGCUAUCGUGAAGAAGCCCAAGUUGGCGUCCAAGUUGGGAAAUCCGAUAUCUUUUUCUUUGGAACCCACACAAGACGAAAACGUCCCACCGAAAGCAUCUGCAACCAAGUCUUUGUUCCCCCCAAUUGCGAAGCGCGAGAAGUCGGUGGAACCAGCUACGGAGCCCGUGCAGCAGAACGAACAUGUACACCCCUCGCCCGGUGAUGGCGGUCAAUCCAAGGAUCUGCGUGCCGAACACGAUAGCGCACCUGCCCCACCCAAACAUCUGGCAGUAGAAUUAGCAGUACCCGUUGCAUCGAACCAGGAAGCAAACAAUCUCUCUAUGAUCGCCGAAGACGACGAGAACGACUCCGCGAUGUCCAUCGAAGACCCGACGCCAGCUACCACUGUCCUACAGGCGCCACCAGGCCAACAAGAUGAACCAGCACACCGCACAUCAGCCACCGCUGAGAGAAAAUCGAGUGGGCGGGAUACCUCGCCUCAAUCCUCAGCACCAUCCCCCUCCGAAUAUCACUCAGCCAACGGAACCCCUGUAUCUUCCACAUUCCCUACCAGUGCGGAACCACCUGUCACCGAGGAGAGGUCUGAGGAAGAGCAGCCCAAGCCGCAACCCGAACCACCCAAAUGCGCCGAAAUGCAAGAAGAACAGCGGGUUCAAGACGAUCUUCUCAAAGUAGAGGAGGUUGUGGACAUGCAGGUUCCCCUCAAAGAUGAAGACACGACCACCAAAGGCAUCCUUAACAUUCCCUCUCUUCCUGAACCCGGUCCCCUUCGCAAGUCUACACGCACAUUCAAAGAUCCAUCCAUGGGUGCAACCACACUCGGCACAACCACGCCUGGCCCUGGGGUGGGAGGCAAACGUACCUCUUGGUUAAGGGCGGCUCGCGAAGUCAAGGCACUAGAGUCGACCGCCAAGAAGUCCAACGUCAUGCAGACUGGCGUGACCCCCGCUUUCUCAUCAUAUCAUCUCACGCAGGCCACUGCCGGAAGUUCGAAGCGAAAGAGCGACGACGUCAACGAAUCCCAAGGCACCACCACCCCUUGGGAUUCCUCAGAACGCAAGUCGAAAGCCACCAAGAACUUGGAAAGCGAUGUAGCGCCGCUAAAGUCCCAAGCGGAGCAGCCGCCAGCGCCGGUCGAUUCAGGGCCCAAGUCUACAGCUGAAACACUGGGCUUCUUGCCCUCCCCACAGGGUGUACUGGAUCGCCUGAAGAAGACAGUCGAAGGCCUCGGGGCUCGCGUGAACAAGACGAACCCCAAAGGUUCGGAAGACACAGUAGCGGCGAACACUUUCGCAGAGGCCAAGGCGGCAGCGGAAGCUCGGAUCGCAGAAAGAAAUUUCAAAGAGGACGAGACGAUGCCUUUCCUGGGAGCUACGACUACCAUUCAAUCCAAAGAGCGCGAUUCCGACUCGAAGAUGGAGGUGGACAAGAAACAUGUUGCACCACCUGCGAAAGAGGUACCGCGAUUGAGCAUGUCCGAUCUCUUCCCGAGCGAUAGUCGUAUAAAGGAAAAACACAAGAUUCCCGAGAAACCCUUGUCCUUCUCAUCCAAAUCUUCAGAAAGCAAGAAUGCCGCUUCCAGAGAGAGUACGAGCACCACUCCUCCCAAUUCACCGCCUCCGUCGGGGUCAAGCUCGGCCCCGAGCGCACCAGUUUUCAGUCACCCGACACCUGUGUUCGUUGCACCAGCACCAUCUGCACCUCGCCCUCUGCCGUCGCUGCCAGCAAAGGAGCGCGUCUUCCACCCACAACCCGGAGUGUUCUCCGCGCAGCCGCAGCUUGGGCUUGGCCUAGCGUCAACGUCGCCCAAGUUCAACGCCUUCAAACCUCCCCCGGCUCCCCUUACGGCUCAGUCGACUUACGAGAGUGUUAGAUCCGACAGCAUCUUCGAUAAGGUGGAUGACGCUCCGACAUGGGUGCCCAGUACUCAGGAUACCGAGUAUACGUCGACCUAUGAAACUCAACACGAGCACCCAAUGAAUGUCUGCGACGAGGAUGAUAGCUGGCCUGUGGAUGAGAAGCUCGCGGCUGGGAUGCAAUGGACGUUCGGUGCGAACAUCAAAGAGGACAGCAUGACCUGGAGUACUUUACCCUCGCAAAGUCAGAGGGCAGAUACUGGCCCGUUGGAAAAAUCCAACACUCAAGUGACCAAUGACAGUCGAGAAGCAGACAAGGCCCAGGAUGGCCGCGCGAUUCCAGGAGCUUUCGACGUUGACAUGGUUAACGAUGGCGCCGAAAGCGACAACGCGGCAGACGAUGAAUUGGAGGGGAGUGUGCUCAGUGCUGCAAAAUCCACUAGUCAGCAUUCCGAGACCAAGGCGUUCAGGCCUCAGAGUCAGAUGUCAAUGGCAUCUUCUUCUUCGUCUCAAUCGCAAGGCGGAGGAUUCUUGAACCAGGCAUCCAAGUUGAUAAGUAGUGCUCUGGGAACUAGCAAGAAGAAGCCGGAAGUAAAAAAGGUCUUGCAAAUGGCUGCGGUGGCGGCGAAGAAGCAACAGGAAGAGGCCGACAAGAAAGCAGCUCGCCUCAAAGAUAUGGAAAUCAGACGCCAGGCUGCAAUGCAACGGAAGGCCGAGGAAGAAAAGGCCAAGGCACUGGAAGAGGAACGCAAGUUGAAAGAGGAAAUCGAGCGUCGCAAACGGGAUCGCGACGAGAUGACUGAUAAACGCCCGCUUAAACCUGCGGCUUCCUCUAAGAAAGACGAGGAACCACCUAAGUUCAAGAAGCCUGAGCCCGAGAAGAAGUCGAUUCUCAAGAAGACGGCCUCUGGAACGCUGGGGAAGCCUCAGUUGAAACCUGCGCUCAAAUCCGCAGCUACGUUCUCGUCCUUCACUACUCCAAAUCAACCGACUCAAUCACAAGGGUCUUCGUCCGGCAAACCCGUUGCGGAAUCGUCCAAGUUGCCCAAGGCUGCAUCGUCGUCCUCUCAUAAGGGCAAAUCCAAGAUGCCUGCGGGUGACGAUGACGUCUCUCAACCAUCUCAACUCUUGCAGGGUCAAAUGGCAGCUCGAGCGAAGGCGCAAAUGAAGGCAGCUAAGCAGGCAGAGCCCCUCAUUCCAAGCGAGGCUAUCGAAUUGCCCGACAUCAACAGCGAGUAUUCUGAUUCUGAAGAUGAGGAUCGACCCCGGACGUUUGAUCCCCCUGCUUGGGCACAGUCUCCGGAACUUAAAGAGGCGCUGGAGCUGCAAAGCACAAUCAAUCCGGAUGACAUCUUCGGGGCUGUUAAACCGCUCAGAAUGGAGGAGAUCUUCAGGACGCGGACGAGCCGGUUCAGGGCCAGAACAAGCUCGGCGAAUUGGACUGGGACGGACAUGCUCACAGUGGAAGAGGAGAGAGAAUACGCGAAACGGAUGGGUUUCAAGUGA